AUGCAGAUCCAAUGCGACCUCAGCCCGUUGGCCGCUGAGGCCCAGAUGCUGGACCAGGUGCCCCUCGCCUGUCGUGAGCCAGAGGCGACCAAGAUAUUCACCCAGUACAAAUCAACCAUUGCUCCGUCCUCGGCGUACUCCGCUCUUUCCAACCUUCUAGGGGGCGUGCGAGACAUUGGCGUGGCUGCGGAGCUUCUGUCGGUGGGUCCGAAGGAAGUGUGCCUGACCUGGCAGGCCCGGCGAGAGCAGGAAGCAACGGAAGUAGAAAUCCUGCGUGACUGGGAAGUGAAGCGCACGUCUGGCAUGCAGCUCCCGUCCUACGUUCGGCUUAUGCAUCCGGGCAAGCUGCUCAGGCUCCAUCUCCAAGACCAUCAGACAAUUUGGGUGGCGCUUCGUGUUGUUGAGACGAUGGCCAACGAGCCGAUUUCCUCUCCUUCUGAGUAUGCCAACAGCCUGAUGAGGAUAACGGGAGAGGCCCUGUCGGCACCAGAGUUCGUCCGGAGCUAUGCGCUCACGCUAGUAGAGGUGCUUGCAUUCCUUCGCCCGGAUGUCACUGAUUCCUGGCUACGGCACAGGAGGGCCUUUCAGUCCAGGGUUGCGGUGCUCCGUGGCUCAGUCCUCACGGGCGACUACGACAACGUCCGGCAGUUGCCCGAGGUGGUGAGUCGAGGGGCCAAAUUCACUGGAUCAUUGGCACGGGCUCAUGGAUCCAUCAAGGCUGCCACCAUUGCUUCGAUCUGCGGAGGGAACGCCACCCUUGAGCGCGGCCUUGCUGAGGCCCGAUCCAAUGUCUGGGUGUUCACGAGGCGCGUUGCCCAGAUGCCCGCCUGUCCGGGCCUUCGCGUGGUCCCGCGCCACUCUGCGGAGGCAGACCUGGUUGAGCCGACGUGCCCGUCAGAAGUCCUCCUCUUUGAUGUGGUUUGGAGGUGGGCUUGCGAGGAGUUCGAAGGGCCAGUGAGAGUCGUCGAGAAGGCAGGGCGAGGGGGUUACCAGUGGGUGAUCUUCGCACCAGUGAUCAGCUGCCACCUGCGGCACCUAUUCGGCGGCCAUGAAGUUAUCGAAGAGAAGGUGGCUGCGUACGGGUUCAAGUUCGCGGCAGUGCGGGCGACCAGCAGCGGCGCGCGGACUCCAGGCAACAAAUGCGGCAUUCCGGCCGAGCACAUUGGCCUGAUUUACGUCCAUCGGUCCGCCUCCGCCCCCGCCCCAGAGCAGCAGGCGCCGCUGACGCCCCGCGGCGCGUACGGCCGGCCGAGGCCCGAGAGGCGGCAGGAGACCGGCCUCGCAGUGGCGCCCUCCCGAGGCUCCAGGUCGCCGGGCGCCCCCGCCCGCGCGCCGUGGGCCGCCUCGCCGCGGGGCGCUGGCUCGCAGGCGGCUCAGCAGCGACCCGCCGCGAGUGCGGCGGCGGCCGCCGCCGUCGCCGGCGGGCCCCACGGCGCCGCCGCCGCUUCCCGCAAGCCGCGGCUGGACACCGGGGUCUGGGGCAUCCACGAGGGCCUCGAGAGACUCCCAGAGACCUUUACAGGGAGCUCUGGACACUACCUUGGUAGUGACCUCGCCUUGGAGCCGCAAAGUGCCGCCCGCGCUGCGCAGCUCGUCGGCAUUGCAGCCUGGCAGCUUCUGCUGAAGCCGUUUACGGCGACCAUCCUCAAGAACUCGAUCGGACUCUACACGUUCACGCUCGUGCUGACCCUACUGACAGCAUGGGCGAGUCCGCAGCCGCUGCUGCACGCGAGGGACCAGGAUCACGGAGCCCGCGGCGGCAACUUCGUUCAGCAACUUCUCGACGAUCUCGAGAAGAAGCAGAAUGACUCCCUCCAGAAGUCGCUUGAGGACUUCAACCGCUCACAACGCGACCACGUUGGGCAACUCCUCAAGACCUACGACGCCAAGCUGCAAGAGCACAUUGCGGAGCUCACCCUACGCCAGAACAGCAUUGACAAGCAGCUCAGCGAUCUCACAAGCGACUCGGAGAGGAAUUACAACAUCUUGGAGAAGGGCUCGGCGACGACGACAUGCCUGACCCCAUCGAUCCUCAAGCUCCGCUGCUCCGCCUACGCCGCCAAGACGGCCGUCUGGAGCUCGUUCUCCGAGCUUCUCAAGACCGCCAAUAUCGGUGAAGACCAGGCCUCCAUCUGCGGCCCACCGGCCAGACGCUUCUUCGAGAUCCGCUUCAGGGGUUGCAGCGCUGCCAUCAACGCCGCCCGCACCUUCCCUGCCCAGAGGAGGGACGGCGAGUGGACUAAACUACAGUGCCCGGCCGCCAACGGCACCGAGACCGCCUACCUCUUCGUCAGCCCCAACAAGAACCCGAAGACCGAGCGCAACGAGAGCCUCCUGCGCGAAUUGCGCAAAACGGUCCUCACCCUGUACCCCGCUCUGGGCGGAAAGCUGCGCAUUGCGCGUCCCGGUGGUAUCUUAUUCGUCGACUCCGACCCCGUCGCCCGGGCACUCUCCCCUAAGCCCGGCGAGGUCUACUACAAUUGGCAGUUCACCGUGUGGGAGUCGCACAAGAUCGACAAGGACGCCGUCUUCAGGAAGAUUGCCGAGUACGGGAAGGGCCGCUUCGCGGGCUUCUACGCCAGCAGGCACUACCAGCGCAAGGACAAAAUCGACUACCUCCGGCGUCUCCUCAAGACGAACACCACCAUCUUCAUUGCCGAAGCCCGCUGCGCCGUCGAGGCCUUCCAGUUGCUGCUCCCCGACGUGGUGUGCGAUUGGUGGGUCGCAGAAGCCACGCACUACGCAAACGGCGCGUACGCCAGCUUGGACCGCAUAUGCAGUUCGAUCCCCUCUUGGGCCAUUGGUUCCGUCCAGGUCGCGAUCGCGGUGCUCGACGACCCUCUGCGGCUGCGCCUCCAGGAGAUCAGUGACCGCGCUGCCGUCGCGGCCCACGUCGGCUUCGUCGACGCCUUCGACGAGAUCGCUGCCGCCGACGCUGCUGCCGAGGCUGACCGUCGUGAGCAAGGUCGCCGAUGGCGCCACCGCUGCAGAGUUCUUUCAACGGGGGGUGGCCCCGCUCCAUUGGAGUUCGGUGCCGGCGCCUUCCACGCACCUCUCCUCAAGAGCGCGACCGACUCGAGCCCCGGCCCCGGCGGCCUCGCCUACUCCAUCUGGCAGCGCGCGGGCGACUGGGGCGCGGAGGCGCUCCUCCAAGUCGCGCUCCAUAUGCCUUCCGGUUUUCCGAUGUCGCUUGCCCUCGACAUGUCCGAGCCUGUUUUCCCCCCGAAAGGCUCAGAGGCAGGCGGCGCCGCCGAGAUCAUCUGGAAGCCAGAAGACAUUAGACCGUUGAGUCUCAAGAACACAGACAACACAACUUGUUGUAGCAUUGUCGACAUCAUGCUGAGGAGCGUCGUCUCCGCGGGCGUCUCUCCUAUCCAGCAGGGCUUCGUUGCUCGAAGGCGGCUGGCCCAGGACAUCGUCGACCUCGACUGCGAGGCCCGGGCCUGCGGCCGCCCGUCGAACGCGCGCAUCCUGCCUGUCCUCGCCUCCUGGAACAUCGCUGCUGCCUUCCCCAGCUUGCGGCGCAGCGCGUUCGACCACGUGCGAAUAUGCGCCGGCAUGAAGCUGAAACCCAAGAAGUGCCAGCUCAUUCCUCUCAUCGCCGCGUUCGCGAUCCAGAUGGUCGAGUCGAUCCGUGACCGGCUGCGGGCGAUCGUCCCGGAGUGGAUCCAGUUUGCCAUCGUGAAGGUUGCGUCUUACCUCGGUUAUCUCAUGGGCCCUGACGCCGCGGCCGAGAUGUGGGGGGCCGAGGGCCCCACCGCCGCCACUAUCAAGGAGUACAAUAUCAAAGCCAUUCCUUGCAUGCCGCGCGUCGCCCAAUUCGGGCUCCCACCCCGCGCCCUCGUGCAAGCGGAGACUGGCGUCAUCGACGAGCUCGGGCACGUUCCGCCGUCUACCUUCGCUACUCGUGGCACGGCUCGCGCCUCCGAGUGCGGCGCCGUCGAUGUCGCCCCCGUCUCCCUGGCAUGCGUCGCCGCGCUGAUCCGCGCCGCGCUCGUCGUGCUAGACUGGAAGACGCCCCUGGCCGGGCUUCGGCGGGCGCCCGACCGGGCUGCUCCGGACAUCUCGCGCCCGUAUCUCGACUUCGCCCCUGAAAAUUUGGAUGGGCGGAUGGGCGACAAGCGCGAGGUCGCCGCCUCUGGCAGGAAGCGGGCCCUGGGCGCUCCCCGCGCGCCGAGUCUGGCGCAGCGGGACGUGGAGCGCCUCCGCCGGCAGCUGCGAGUGCCCGUGGAGCGCGGGCGCUGGCCCGGCGUGGCCGCGGCAGUCUACGUGGGCGGGCGGCUGGAGCUGCUGGAGGAGGCCGGGUACGCGGACGUGGAGGCUGGCACGCCCAUGACCAAGGACGGGAGGGACUCCUUGGUCCGCGUCUACUCCAUGACCAAGUGUGUGAUAGCCGCGGCCGUGAUGCAGCUGGUCGAGGCCAGGCUGCUGGGGCUCGACGACGAGCUGGGGAAGCACCUGCCGGCCUUCUCGCACAUGCGGGUGGUGCUGGAGGGCGCGGACGGCAAGCCGGACUGGGACCGGGUGGUGCCCGCGAGCCGGCCGAUCCGGAUACGCCAUCUGCUGACGCACACCUCCGGGAUCUCCUCUGGGCUGGCCCCGGGCAUCGACGGGCCGAAGGUGCGCAGCGCCCGCGAGAGGGCCUGGUGCGAGAUCUACGGGCCCCUGGUGAGGGCGGUCGACAGCGGGAGCAUCCGGGACCUGGGCCAGUGGGUGGGGGAGCUGGCGAAGCUGCCGCUGUUCAGCCACCCUGGGCAGCUGUACGGGUACGGCUACAGCUACGACAUCCUCGGCCACCUCGUCGAGGUGAAGACUGGCAGAAAGCUGGUCGACUACCUCGCAGAGCGCGUGUUCCGGCCCCUGGGCAUGCGGGACACCCGCUUCGACGCGACCUCGGCUGGCCACGCGCGGAGGCUCUCCGCGCUGUACCGCUGCACGCGGUCGCCGCGCUUCGGCGGCAACGGGCGGUCGCUGCGCCUGGCGCGGGUGGACCCGCCGCGCCGGGGAGCCCCCAGCCGCUGGCAGGCGCGGUGCCGCGUGCCGUCCGGCGGAGGGGCCCUUACGAGCCUGGAGGGGGGGCUGCUGAGCACGCUCAGCGACUACUCCAAGUUCCUGCUCGCGGUGGUCUCCGGGGGCAAGCACCCCGAGAGCGGGGCCCGCAUCCUGACGCCAUCGUCGGCGGAGCAGAUGCUCACGGACCAGACGGCGCUACUGGCCGAGGGUGGCAAGCUACCGCCGAGGAACGCGAACCCCUACAACGACCGGGGGCUGGGGCUGAGCUGCCUGGGGGAGCUGCAGCGGCGCGGCGCGCCCGCCUGGGGGCGGUGGUUCGACGGUGUGCCCGGGGUACGGCUCUGGGGCGGGGCCGCGAGCAGCGCGUUCAAGUACGACCCCAACGGGGGCCGCCCGAUCCUGGCGGUGGUGAUGACCCAGGUGUUUCCGCAGGAGGACGGCACCGUCAUUUCGACGCUGCUGAAGGGCGUGCGCGAGGGCCUCCGCGGCGGCGCCGCGGGCGAGGCGUGA